GCAAAACGAACAACCGACCUACUUACUCUCCCAUUCUCCAAUCUUCACUGGGUUGUCCAGCGUCUUACUUAUAUCAUGUGCUACCCCCUAAACAUCCAAAUGCCCCGCCAAUCACAGCAGCCACAACAGCAACACGCGCGACGCCGCCGCACGGCCCAAAUCACUCGGCUGUUGCAACGGUCGUACUUUGCCCAGUUCAAGCACGCCCCCUCCCCAGUGUUUGUGUCACUGGCGUUGAAAGUCGAGCGAAUUCUGUAUCGAACGUUCCCCCUCGACGACGAAGUGUUGUUAACGCCCGAAGUGCUCGAGGUGAAAGUUCGUCAUGUGAUCAAGCGCAUAUUGCUGGCCAAGGAAAGCGUGGCGCUCCAGCCCAACAAUUACUCGGUCGAGGAUUAACUUAACACGCACGUCAUUUAUCUAUUAAAACUACCCCGUCUUUCGAAGCAUGAUGAAUAGCAUGUCAGCCUCGCUCGUUUACCUAAGUUACCGGUGUGUAUGUUCUUGAGGGCUUUAGGUGUGUGCACAAAGUCCAGCUUGCGAGUGUCCGUCGACCAGAAUUGCAAACUUGGUCUACAUUUCCGUGCCGGUCGAGUGACCAAAGAAUG